UCCUGCGCACAGGGUGCUCACCACACAGUCUUACCUCCAUCUCCAGUGUCUUCACCACACUCCAACUUCAACGGUUUGCUCCUCAGGACCAUGUCGCUCACAUCCAUCCUUUCCGCUGAUGCCAUCGACAACGCCAUCAAGGACUGCCAAGCACCAGAGUCCUUCAAUCACAAGAAGUUCUUCCAGCUGUGUGGUCUCUCUGAAAAAAGUCCCCAGGAAGUAAAGGCUGUCUUUGGCAUUCUCGACAACGAUGGCAGCGGCUUCAUCGAGGAGGAAGAGCUCAAAUUCUUCCUGCAGAGGUUUUCAUCUGGAGCUCGUGUCCUGACUGAUAAUGAGACUAAGAGCUUACUAUCUGCAUGUGAUGAUGACGGUGAUGGCAAGAUUGGAGCUGAGGAAUUCCAGACCAUCGUGCUCUCCUGAAUGGUCAAAGCUCCUCUUGUGUCAUGGUUCAACAAUGUUUUUCCUUAUUAGUCUGCUUUCUUUUCAUUUCUGGAAGCCCCUGAUGAUACAGAAACAAAACAGUGCAAAGUUUAUGCUAGAGUUGUAAAUACCUGUCAAGAGAUGAAAUCUAAAUCAUCUCCCCAGUGUACAAUUGACACAACGUAAA